CCUUGGUCUCUUGCCUCUGCACCCAAAAUCAUUUGGCCAUCGAUUUUACUCUUCUUUUCCGAUCACGGAAUUAUUUACAAAUCGCGAGUACAUCUGCAGCGAAUUCUAAUUCUUAAUGUGGAAGGAGGAAUCACUGGAUGCUGUGCUUGUGCCGGCUGGUCUCGCCGUGAUGGUCGCUUACCAUGUCUGGCUCGGCUACGCCAUACUCCAUCGUCCCAAGCUCACUGUUAUCUCUCUCAAUGCUGAAUCUCGACGACAAUGGGUCUUCUCUAUGAUGACUGAGCCGCUGAAAAAUGGAACUUUGGCAGUACAGACAAUCAGGAACAACAUAAUGGCAUCGACCCUUUUAGCCACAACAGCAAUCACUCUAUGUUCCAUCAUUGGCGUCUUUGUAAGCAACUCCUCAGCUUCGAAAUCCACAGCAUCAGCUAUUAUAUACGGGAACAAAAGCCCUCUCCUUGCAACAAUCAAGAACUUCACAAUCCUCAUCUGUUUCCUCAUGGCCUUCCUCUGCAACGUACAGUCGAUCAGGUACUACGCUCACGUAAGUUUCCUAGUCACAGUGCCUGUCUCAAGAGGGAAAAAAGAGCACUGCGAGUAUGUGUCUAGAAACCUGAACCGAGCUAGCUACUUCUGGUCUCUUGGACUGCGGGCUUUCUACUUCUCCUUCCCGCUCUUCCUGUGGAACUUUGGUCCCAUCCCCAUGUUUGUGUGCUGUUGUAUGUUGUCGUCGAUUCUAUAUUUCUUGGACACGACCACUACUUUUACCAGGCAACUCCAUAGCCAGUCGUUCAGAGAAACGGCUGAAUCGAUGGAUGGUGAAAUCGUAUCAGCGGUUCAUGCUCUGUAGAUUCUUGGUGGAGUUUCAUUGUUACAAGAGUUAUAUAUUAAGUAACGGAUGGAACAACUCUGGUUGCAAUUGUUUGUUUGCGUUUGCGUUUUCAUGUCAUAUAUGAUUGGAACAUUAUAUGGAAACGCAAACGCUUAUGUAAACGCAAACAAACAAUCGAGAAUAGCCUAGUCAUUCUCUAGUCUAUAGUCUAUGUAAUUUCUCGGGCUUUGUUCUUAAUGUCUUUGUAUUACUCUUUACUCAAAGGAACGGUUUGGGUUUUCUCCAUACCGAAUUUUCUG